CAUUUACAUCUAGGGAACUGAGCGUUCCCGGGGGAAUUCCCUGCCGUUCCCCCCGGCAAACCCAGAACAAAGCCUGCACUUAUCGCAGAGAGCUUUGCAAGCUGAGCAAACCCCACCUGCUUCCUCGCUCGGGCAGGCGGGCGGCGGGGCCGGUGCCGCAGAGCCGAGGAGCCCCCGGGCAGCCGCUGUCCCCUGCGCCCACCGCUGGAGAACCGCCCCCCUCUCCGACGUCCCCGUUUCUCGUCGCGGUGCUCGGAAGCCCCCGGUGCCAUGCUGGCCCCCCACCCGCCGAAGCUGAGGCGGCCGGUCCGGUGGAUGUUUGCCCCUCUCCUCCUUCUGCUGGCUGAGCUGGGCUCCGGCUUGCAACCCACCUACCAGUGGAGGGAUGCUGAGACGAACGAGAAGCUCACCUGCCAGCAGUGCCCACCGGGGACCUUCGUGGCACGGCACUGCACCAGGGACAGGCAGACGGUGUGCGAGCCCUGCCCGGAGCUGCACUACACGCAGUACUGGAACUACCUGGAGAAGUGCCGGUACUGCAACGUCAUCUGCGAGGAGAAGCAGGUGGAGGUGCAGCAGUGCAAUGCCACCCACAACAGAGUGUGCCAGUGCCAGGAGGGUUACUAUUCGGAGAUGGAGUUCUGCAUCAGGCACUCCGAGUGCCCUCCGGGCUCCGGUGUCGUGAAGCCGGGUACCCCCUUCGAGGACACCCAGUGCCGCAGGUGCCCCCGCGGCUUCUUCUCCUCCAGCUCCAGCACCGAGCCGUGCCAGCCGCACCAGGACUGCGCGCAGCAGGGGAAGGUGACCAACGUGCAGGGAAACGAGUACCACGACACCCUCUGCACCUCCUGCAGGGUGCACGGGAGGAGCAACAGCACCCAGGGGCCAGCUCCAGGAGAUGAGGACUGCGAGCAAGCCAUGAUCGACUUUGUGGCGUACCAGAACAUUUCCCCGAAAAAGCUGAAGCGCCUGCAGCACAUCCUGGAGGGCUCGCUUAGGAAGGAGGUGUUGGAGAAAAAGGCGCUCAUCCAGGAGAAGUUCAGGGCCUUCCUCACCCACCUCAAGGAGGGGAACCCCGCGGUCACCAAGGAGCUGCUCGAGGCGCUGCGGGUCACCAAGCUGCACGCCAUAGAGAGGGAGGUGCGGAAGCGCUUCCUCUCCCCUAGUGAGAACACGGACUGAACUCUGAGGGUGGUUUUUAAAACAUUUCUUCCAUUUUGGUUUUUUGUUUGUUUGUUUGUUUGUUUGUUUGUUUUUACUGUGGCUUCAUUAAUUUAUUACUCUUCCAAAAAACUAACUUGAAAGGCAGCACAGAGCUGAGCGAGGG